AUGUCUGCUGUUAAUGACACCCAAUUGCAAUUUGCAGUGUUCCUUCUCACUGGGAUACCUGGCCAUGAACAAGCCCAUGUCUGGAUCGCUAUCUCCUUCAGCAUCAUGUAUGCUAUUUCAAUAGUAGGAAAUGCAGCCAUUAUAUUCUUUAUAAAAACAGACCCAAGCCUCCAUGAGCCCAUGUACAUUUUCCUUUCCAUGUUGGCCGUAACAGACCUUGGCUUAUCGAUAUCCACCAUACCGACAAUACUGGGCCUUUUCCUGUUUAACUCUAGGGAGAUCAACAUGGAUGCCUGUUUUGCUCAGCUGUUUUUCAUUCACUUGCUUUCAAUCACUGAAUCCUCCGUGCUCCUGUUGAUGGCCUUUGACCGCUUCAUCGCAAUCUUUAACCCGCUGAGAUAUGCCUCCUUCUUGAGCCCUCCAAGAAUAGCCAAGAUGGGGCUGGUGUUUGUGGUAAGAGGUUUGGUUAUAGCAUUCCCACUCCCCCUUCUUCUGAAACAGUAUCAAUACUGCCGAAAUGUCCUGUCCCAUUGCUACUGUCUAAACCAGGAUGUCAUGAAGUUGGCUUGUUCAGACAUAAGAGCCAGCAGCAUCUAUGGCAUGUUUGUUGCAAUCUCCACCGUGGGGUUGGAUGCACUGCUCAUCUUCCUCUCCUAUGUGAUGAUCCUCAAAACAGUGCUGGGCAUCGCAUCCCGAAUGGAGUGCCUCCGGGCCUUGAACACCUGCGUUUCCCACCUCUGCGCUGUCAUGCUCUACUACACCCCAAUGUUGGGGCUGUCUGUGCUACACAGAUUCGGGAACAGCUCUUCUCACUUGCUUCAGAGCUUUGUGGGCUAUGUCUACCUGAUGAUUCCACCCCUAAUGAACCCAAUUGUGUACAGCGUGAAAAGCAAACACCUUCGUGUGAGGGUCAUCAGGGUGUUCAUCAAGUGA